AGGAGUGAUUGGCUCCGUCCCAAAUCACACAGUACAGUAAUACACUGUGUAUCAGUAAAACACCACCGCAUGUUAUUAAAACAUCACCACAUCAGUGUUCGGGUUUAUUUAAUGUGAUUAUUAUGAAUUUUGGGACUAUUUUGUGCUUGCUGGACGGUUAUAUAAACUGGUUUCCACAGUGACGACCUAAUUAGAGAGGGAGGUGCUGAGAGCGCUGUUUAGUCUUGGAUUGGGACAGAACCAGGUCUGAAGGAAUAGUCGGACUCUUCGAUGUUAUUUUGUGAAUAAAAGUGUUUUUGUUUUGAUUUAUUUUCUCAUUUUUUUGCAAGAAGAUUUCUAAGAUUCCAGACUGAGCAUCAGUCUCAGUGACCCCCUGCAGUCCAGAAUGGCCCGGUUGGAGCUGAUUGAACUGAAGGAUCUCGCUCCCAAUGACAGGAUUGAUUUGGCGAUCCCCGCAGGACCGACAGGCUCACAGCGACCUCCGGAGCGUCUGAGCCGGACACGCACCGCCCGGCUGGUCGGGGACGCGGUGCGUUUUGAGGAUCUGUUCUGGGUGACAUUUAGACGAGGCGAAGGCCACGACUUCCAGACGAACAGCCACACACAUCUAGCCUGGUGUGAUCUGUGUGGGGAAUUCAUCUGGGGCGUUUACAAGCAGAGCCUGCGCUGCGUCAACUGCAGGUACACGUGUCAUUACCGCUGUCGGCCUUUAAUCCAGCUGGACUGUGAGGCCGUUGUCGGACCCUCAGACCUCACCGAGGAUGUGGAGACGGACACCGACGUGGAUGCCGUGGUUGAACACGGUAAACAGCAGCAGCUCUGCGACACCAAACUCCAGCACAAGAUUAAAGAAUAUAACGCUCAGAUCAACACCAACCUCUACAUGAGUCUGAAGAGAGACGGCUCGUACACGGGCUUCAUCAAGGUCCAGUUCCAGCUGGUUCGACCCGUCUCUCUCCUCUCCCCCCGGAGACCCUCGCUCUCCUCCCUCUCGGCCCGGUCUGAUCCCCGUACGUCCUUCUACCUGCCGCGCGAGACGACGAAGCAGCUCCACGUGAGCUCACGGACUCGGGUUCGGGAGGUGAUCGAGGCCCUGCUUAACAAGUUCACCGUGGUGGACAACCCCGCCAAGUUUGCUCUGUUCGAACGCAGCGAGAGGAGCGAGCAGGUGUACGUCAGGAAGCUGCGGGACGACGAGCGUCCACUCCUGCUGCGCCUGUGCGCCGGACCCAGUGAGGACUCGCUCAGCUUCGUGCUCAAAGAGAACGAAACCGGAGACGUCAACUGGGACGCCUUUAGCCUCCCCGAGCUGAGCAACUUCCUGAGAAUCCUGCAGAGAGAGGAGGAGGACCACGUCCGGCAGAUCGUCCGGCGCUACUCGCAGGCUCGGGAGAAGCUGAAGGAAGCGCUGAGGAGCUUCAGCACGCCGGGAUGAACACGACCUGGAGGACGUGACGUCAGAGCAUCGCCUGAACCAACACUGUGAAUCCUGUCUGCUGCUGUAAGAGCUCGGAGAUACUGGAGUAGCGUUUACCUGUAACUGCAGCCUGGACUGGACUGUACAAUCC